AUGGCCUCCACCAGCCGACAGUCCACCCAGGGAUCCGGCCGCUCCGCCUUUUUCUACGGCACGCUCAUGGCCCCCGAAGUUCUCCACCGUGUUUGCCACGGCUCUUCAUCCCCAGACAACCCAAUCUUCCAGACCCACAAUCUCAAAUCCCACCCUGCAAUCCUGCCCGUCCACCGCCGCCACAGAGUGAAAGGAGCAGAUUACCCUGCCAUCCUGCCCCACUCCACCAGUACAGUUCGUGGAACUUACGUGACCGGUCUCACGGACGCGGAUAUCUGGCGCCUGGACAUUUUCGAGGGGAAUGAGUAUGAGAGGCGGAAGGUCAAGUGUCGGUUAUUGACGACGGUAGGUGAUUCGAUAGGGGACGGCAAUGUGGAGGGAGAGAUUGUGGAGGCGGAGACGUAUAUCUGGAUUGCGGGAGCUAAGGCAUUGGAGGAGCGGGAGUGGGACUUUGAGGAGUUUAGGAAGGAGAAGAUGAGGUUUUGGGUUGGUGGAAGCGAGGAAUUUGAUGAAGUAGAUGAUGCAGUAGCUUCUGCCGAGAACCGAAAGGAUGGUACGGGAGGUCGUGGCGCCAAUGGGCAUAUCACCACGGCGCUUGAGGCUGAGCAGGCCAAGGACGACGUAGUGCGUAAUGCAGUCUGA